GAGAAAAUGGCGAUGUGUCGCCCUCGGCAUAGAUUUCCCCUUCCGUUGUGAUUAUUCCUUUUAACAUCAAACAGCAAUCAAAGCUUAAAAGUGUGUUAUUCAGAUGCAAAGUAAAAUAAUUGUUAUCAGUUAUAGUACUGUCAUUGUGAAGAAAUCUGUCAAAAUGCUUCGUGGUUACGAAGGUGUUCGAUUUUUGUCAGAUAAACAGAUGGUCAUAUUUGAUAUUGGACAUGCUUAUACAAAAUUUGGUUAUGCGGGCGAAGCUACCCCACGCGGCAUUAUAAGGACGGAAAUUAAGUGUUCAGAGUCUAAAGAGCUUCGAAAAAUUUACGAUUACAAAGAUACAGAAGAUUUAUACCAAUUGCUUGUUGAAUUUCUUCAUGCUUUAUUUUUCAGACAUGUUGUAAUAUGUCCAAAAGAUGCUAAAAUUGUUAUUUUGGAAUCACCAUUAUCUCCAACACGAUUCAGAGAUACCUUAGCUAAAGUGUUGUUCCGACACUUUGAGAUUGGAUCUUUAAUGUUAUUACCGAUUCAUUUAGCAACUAUUAGUACAUUGGGUAUCAACACAGCUUUAGUUUUAGAUGUUGGCUAUAAAGAAGCUACAUUGAUUCCAAUUUUUGUGGGUGUACCAGUUUUAAAGGCAUGGCAGGCACUUCCAUUAGGUAGUCAAAUUGUCCACGAGUAUAUAAUAAAAUCUUUGAAGGAUACAUCUCCCAAUAUAGAUGUAUCAGAAAAACUUGUGGAAGAUAUAAAAGUAAGAACCUGUUUUGUUACUACAUUAGAAAGAUCUCGUAAACUAGGAACAGCAGAAGCUCCUAAUCCUCCCCCAGCAGUUAAAUAUCCUGGGCUUAAAACUAUCAAUAUACCUGGUGAAGUUCGAGAGAAAGCAUUUGAAAUAUUAUGGGAAAGAGACAAUGAUAAUCUUAGUAUACCUACAAUGAUUUUAGAUGCUCUUAUUCAGUGUCCAAUAGAUACUAGGCGAAUUUUGGCUGAAAAUAUACUACUAAUUGGUGGUACAACAAUGGCAAAAGGCUUUAUAAGUCGUCUUAAAUCUGAACUUUUAGUUCUUGUGAAGAGUAGUUUAUAUUCAGAGAAAUUAAAAAUUGAAACGUUUAAAUUUCAUAUUGCACCUAGUAAGCCAAAUUACACAGCAUGGCUAGGAGGUGCUAUAUUCGGAACCAUAGAUUUGCCAUUAAGAUGUCUAACAAAAGAGAAUUAUUUAAAAUCUAAUAGAGUCCCUGAUUGGGUUAGUUUAAUAGACAAUCAAACAGAGGAUUCACUGACUUGUGAAAUUUAAGACACUACUUCAUAUGUAACAAAUAUACUAAACAUCGAUUGCUGUAUUUAUACGUGUAUAUAAAAUAUGUACAGAGUGCACCAUAUCUAACAGAGCACGUCCAACCUGAAAUAAUUUUAUUUUUACAACGUCUAUGUUACAUAAAACAUUGAAAUAUAAAACUAAAUACAUACUUGAUUAUCUGGUGGUUGUUUUCCACUUAAUACAUCAUCAACAUAGCCAAGCACUUGUUCUAACAUGGAAGAAAGUUUAGCACUUGCUUCUGCUAUUUGGGAGAGAUCCAUCAUUGGUUCAAUACCUCCACCUGUUUUUGCACCAGUUAUUUGAGCAUGAGCUGGCAAUUGCGUUUUAGUACAAAGUUGUAAACCCACGAUUUCUGGCUCGUAAGAUGUAAUCUAAAGAAGAAAGAAUUGAUCAGUACAAUUUAUAAAGCAUACUGUACAAAAUACUUGACAUACCUGUACUUUAACUGGUGUGAACAUAGAACCCUGUUUUCCAUUUGGUACUCCUAAUGGAACACAUACGUAAGCUUUAAUUGCCAUUCUGGUAGUAUUUGCUAAUGUUGUGUCAACAGUCAAAUGAACAGGAUUAUUGCAUUCACGAACAUAAUAUUCAUGAAUAACAGAAGAAUGAGUGGUGACCUGUAAAAUUUAUAAAAGUAAAAGGAUAUUUGUUUGCAAUA